AUGUGUGGCUUGCUGAAGAUUCUUUAUAUCCGUGGACUGCAAGUGUUUCUGGACCAGACAUCAAGACAGGGUUUGGAUGUGUCUCUGCAACGAGUGGAUAGGAACAUCAGUGGUGUGUUUUCCAGUUUGUUCACCUCCAUGCGCACAGAGGAGCUCAACCGCUACAGGGACACUCUCAGAAGAGCUAUCCUGCUCCUGAGCCCACAUGGAGCACAGGUCUUCAUCCAUCAGGCCGUGGAGACUAACCUGGCCUCUAAAGACAGUCACUGGGUGUUUGUGAAUGAGGAGAUCAGUGACACUGAGAUUAUGGAGCUGUCCCACAGUUCCUUGGGAAGGAUGACCGUUGUCAGGCAGAUUUUCCCUCUGUGGAAAGACAGCAGCAUGAGCUGUAUGAGGAACAACCACCGCAUCUCAUCACUGCUCUGCGACCCUCAGGAGGGCUACCUGCAGUCACUGGAG